AUGAUUGGGGCAUACUUCUACAAACGCUACUUCUUGUCUACCAUCAUAAUCGUGCUGGUUGUCGUACUUGGGAUUAAUAUCUACUUCCUUGGCGUUUUCCAACCGUCCUUAAAGACAAUUUACCUACCCCACACUGGAAUUGGUUCAGCCUCCUUUCUGCGGUCAGCAAACACCUCCGAACUGAGUACAAUUGAUGCCAAAAUGCAAGCCCAAUCAUUUACGCCGUUGGGGGAUUCUGCAAACUUUACGGUAGCCAUUGUGGUGCCGUAUAGGAAUCGAAGCGAGGAUUUGUCCAGGUUUCUAACGCAUAUGCUUCCCUUUCUCAGCACCCAAAACAGCCAGUGUGUCGUACUUGUCGUGGAGCAGGCUGGCAAUGGCAGCUUUAAUCGAGCUAAACUAUUCAAUGUCGCUAUCAGGGAGAUAAGGAAUAGUGUUUCCGGUGAUCGUCUGUUUGGCAUCGAAUGUUUCAUUUUGCAUGACGUUGACAAAGUGCCUUCUUCGCCUUUUGUUGUAUACGAUUGUGGGCAGAACGUCAGACAAUUAGUCAAUGCAUUUCGCACUGGAAAACAAGUUACGCGGUUGUACAAUUCAUUCCUGGGGGCAGCUACGGCCUUAAGUUGGAGGCAUGUUGAAACAAUUAACGGCGCAUCAAACAUCUUCUACGGCUGGGGUGGUGAAGACGAUGACCUUUCGCAUAGACUGCAGCUGAACAACAUUAGGGUGGAUCGACCUUUGGACACAAUGGGAGUUUUCGCAGAAUUCUCUCGAAAUCAUCCUCGUGAUAGGAAUACUCAUGCAAGUGAAUUAUCUAGGCCCCAAAGCGUGGCCUUGCGCUGGCGAAAGGAUGGUAUUGCUCAAACACGUUACCAACUUCUCCACAGACGUGACUACGAACACUUUGUCUGGAUUCUCGCGGCGAUUUGA